AUGACCCAGGCCGGUGGGUUCAAUCUCCACAAGUGGGCGUCAAAUCAUCCCGAAUUAUUGAGGCAAAUUGAUAAUACCGAGCACGAAAGAGCGUUUUUCGAAGAUGAGAAAACCACAAGAACUUUGGGUUUAACCUGGCAACCCAAAAAGGAUGUAUUUUUUACCAAAUUUCACGGAAUUGAAUUCCAUCUGGGAAAGACGACAAAGGGAACCAUAUGCUCUGACAUCGCCAAGCUCUACGACCCACUGGGACUACUGGGUCCGUUGAUUUUCGCUGCGAAAGUACGAAUGCAGAAAAUUUGGCAACUGAACGAAGAUUGGGAUGAAAUAUUGGCACGAAACGACGCUGAAAUCUGGGAGGUUUUCCGCAACCAGUUGAAUGAGAUGGGGGAAAUAGUGAUUCCUCGUUGUGUUUUCCCCCAUUCGAAUCCGCAAUCUGUUGAAUUGCAUGGAUUUUGUGACGCCUCCAGUCUGGGAUAUGGAGCUUGCGUCAAAAUCAUUCUCUGGUGCGAUUCCACCACACCACUUUCCUGGAUCAAGACCGACCCUAGCCGACUCAAAAUCUACGUAAGCAACCGAGUCAUCAAGAUACAAGAGUUGGCUAAAUGCAUUGAGUCGAGAUACGUGGGAACGCAUGACAAUCCAGCAGAUGUAAUAUCUCGAGGAUUGUUGCCUUCGGAGAAACGAGAUUGCGAGCUCUGGUGGUCAGGCCCGAACUUCCUGUACCACGACGAAGAAGAUUGGCCUAAAAGAUUCCAGCACAUCCCGACCGAGCAGCUCCCGGAAACGAAAAACACAAGCAUUAGCCUCACAGUUACUGACCCUCCUGCCAUGUUUUACCUGUUUGCGACAGAACAACAACAGAAAAAUGCAGCGAAUAAUGGGAUAAGUUCUACGAUCGAUCAGAAUAUGUUCUGCGAGGGGGGGGGUCGGAUUCGCCACGCACAACUGCCCGAAAGCCAGAAGCAUCCUAUUAUUCUGCCAGCCACGCACUGUUUCACUCACGCCGUGAUUCGUGCGUAUCACGUUGAGAUGUUGCAUGCCGCUCAACAGCUUCUACUUUGCGGAUUACGCAAUCAAUUUUGGAUUCUGCAUGGCCGCAGUACGGUGCGAAGGGUCUUUCGCCGGUGUGUCACUUGCAUGAAAGCAAAACCGGCAGGAAUGCAGCAGAAAAUGGGUGACCUGCCCAUUGCGCGUUUGGAAGGUGUACACGCAUUCUACAACACUGGGGUAGAUUUCGCCGGACCGAUCUAUCUGCGACAGCAUAACAAGCGUAGGACUGUUUCGUACAAAGCAUAUGUGGCCGUCUUUGUAUGCUUUGCUACACGUGCGAUCCAUCUAGAGCUAGUGGGCGAUUUGACAGCGGAUUCCUUCAUCACUGCACUACACCGAUUCGUGUCCCGUCGGAGCAAGUGUACCAGAUUGUUCUCCGACAACGGUCUUAACUUUGUGGGCAGCCGAUCAAAGUUACGAGAAAUGUACGACCUGUUUCAGUCUCAGCUUCUGAAAGACAAAUUGAACGAAUUUUGCUCCAAGUCAGCCAUCGAAUGGAAGAUGAUCCCACCAAAUGCCCCACACUUUGCCGGGUUGUGGGAGGCCGGUGUGCGCUCUGCCAAGUAUCACCUCAAGCGCAUCACUGGAACAGCGAACAUGAACUUCGAAAAGUACACGACAGUGUUGGCUCGCAUCGAAGCGCUGCUCAACUCGCGGCCUAUCACCCCGCUGUCCGAGGACCCACAAGAUUUACGACCUCUGACUCCUGGUCAUUUCUUGGUCGGCCGCCCUUUGACUGACAUCGCAAAACCGAGACCAGAACGCAAGGAAUCAACACUAUCUCGCUGGCAACGUCAUUCGAAAAUGGUCCAACAUUUCUGGGAUCCUGGUCAACUGGUCAUCAUUCGAGAAGACAACGUGCCGACAAUAGCGUGGCGCCUCGGCAGAAUUGAAACGGCUAUUCCUGGUCCCGAUGGUUUGGUACGCGUCGCAGAUGUGCGUGUUGCUGAUUGGUCCAAAGGCACCAAGAUAUUCCGACGUCCGAUAGCCAAACUGUGCCUGCGGCCAAUCGAGGACAACGAGGUAGAACCUGAACACGACUCCAAAGACGGCAACGAGAAUACCGAAGAUAAGAAAAGUGAUUGA